UACAGUACCUAACUACCCACUACGGAAUAUACGACUAUCCGGCAAUCCCCCAGGGCAAAAAAUACAGCCUCUUCUCUGUUCCUGAAAACCCUCUCAAAACCCCCGCCGACGACCUUCAUCUCCAUCAACAAUGGCGUCCAGGCGUCUUCGCGCAUUCAAGCGAUGGAUGUCCUCAAACAGCAUUCAAUUCAGCGACGCCCUAGAAUUUCUCGACACAGAAAACGCCGGAAUCUGCGUCAAAUCGAAAUGCGAGCUCAAAGAAGGAGACCUAAUCGCUACAAUCCCUAAAAUUGCUUGCUUGACAAUUCGUACUUCCGGCGCUUCGUCGAUUAUCGAAGCUGCUGAUUUAGAUGGAUGUUUAGGUCUCUGUGUUGCGGUUAUGUAUGAGAGAAGCUUAGGUUCGGAAUCUCCUUGGGCCGGUUACCUUCAAUUGUUGCCGAAAUUUGAGCCUUUGCCUUUGGUUUGGAGUUUGGAUGAUAUUGAUCGUCUUCUGUGUGGUACUGAGCUUCAUAAGACAAUGAAAGAAGACAAAGCUCUUAUCUACGAGGAUUGGAAAGAGUGCAUUCUACCACUAGUUCAUUCUGAAGAACUUUCACUUGAUCCAAGUUUUUUUGGUGUUGAAGAUUACUUUGCUGCAAAAAGUCUUGUUGCAUCUCGAUCCUUUCAGAUAGAUGAUUACCAUGGCGCUGGUAUGGUUCCUUUAGCAGAUCUUUUUAAUCACAAGACUGGAGCUGAGGAUGUGCACUUCACCACUGCAUCAUCUCCUGAUGAAUCUGAUGAUGGUGCUGAGAGUGUGACUGAUGAUGAGAAUGACAGCAGUAAUGAAUUUCUAACUGAGACAUCUACGUGUAAAGAGAAUGGUUCGUCGGGGGCUUCAGUUGUUCAGAGCUCUUCAGGUGUCCCUGACUUUGAAUCUGAAGAUAUACCAGACAAUCCCCUGGUGUUGGAAAUGAUUCUUGUGAAAGAUGUCAAAGCCGGUUCAGAGGUCUUCAACACAUAUGGGUAUGUGGGCAAUGCAGCAUUGCUGCAUAGAUAUGGCUUUACAGAACUAGAUAAUCCUUACGACAUUGUCAAUAUUGAUUUGGAAUUGGUGCUUCAAUGGAGUUCAUCUCUCUUCUCUGGUCGUCACAGUAGAUCAAGAUUAUCUCUAUGGAGAAAGUUAGGCUACUCUGGGUGUGAAAGUCAGAACUCAGAAUACUUCGAAAUUUCACAUGACGGGGAGCCCCAACUCGAGCUAUUGGUUUUGCUUUAUAUAAUCUUAUUGUCUGAAGAAACAUACACAACGUUAGAUCUCACUUUAGCCUCCAAGGGAAAUUCAGCCAAGUCUAUUAUUUCUAUCACACCCAAGACAAGUAAACUUCUGCAGGGAGACAUUUCUGAAAUGAGCAGUGAUAUGUUAUUGACAACGAGUGUCCGCAAGGCUCUGAUGUCGCUUGCUGAUAUAAGAGAGCGUCUGUAUGGCACAAGCUCUUUGGAAAAUGAUAUGGAAAGCUUAAGGAAAUGUGAUUGUAUUACAGAAAGGAAGUUGUACCAUUCAUUGGUCCUUCGUGUUAGUGAAAGAAGGAUCAUACAGAAACUGAGGACAUAUGCUGAGGCUGGUGUCAAGUCUCUUAACAAGGCCCUACAGCUACAUUCGAGGAAGAAGUUGAAGUCAUGAUUUAGUUCACUAUUUCUUGUGUCAUUGAAUGGCAUUCUUGUGGUCAUUUCUAGCUGCAUGAAUUUGGGAAUGGUUUCCCUAAAUUAUUGGUAUUAUUGAUUUUAAGUCCAGCUAUGUAAGAAGCCCUUUAAAGCAAGGGUUUGACGGUGACAGGUGAAAGAUUGUCCAACCUUAGAGGAAGGAUAGUACAAUGUCAAGCUAAUGUCCUGCCAGUUGAAUUUUUCUUGGGCGAGCAACCCCUGAUGAAAUCUCGAGCCUUUUACAACUCUUUAUCUUCGAAGGCUAAAAAAAGUGGUAUCAGGCGUUUCUUUUUGCUUGAUUUUUACAGCUGCCCCAAUAAUCUAGUAUGUACUCUAUUUCUUGCUCCGUGUUCUCUUCUACACAUUACUUUUCUGUUCAGAGUUCAGACUAUUUUUGCUAGUUUAAAGGAAGACUAUUUAAUCUUAAACGUGCACAUCCAAAGCAUGAUGUCUAAUUGUCUAUGCCUCUGGAAAAAAAAGGUGAUUUAUUCUA